UGCCUGGGCCUGCGCCCCUGGCUGGGCAUGCGCCUGUCGGUGCGUAAGGUUUUGCUCACUGCUGGCUGCGCACUGGCCCUGCUGCUGGCCCUGCAGCUUGGGCAGCAAGUGUUAGAGUGCCGGGCAGUGCUCGGGGGCAUGCGGAACACAAGGAGGAUGUGGCCAGAGCAGGAGGAACUGGUGAUGCUCGGUGCCAACCAGGUGGAGUAUCGCUAUGGCAAGGCCAUGUGGCUCAUCUUUGUGGGUGGCGUACCUCGCAGUGACACCACCCUCACGCGCGCCAUGCUGGACGCGCAUCCUGAGGUGCGCUGUGGGGAAGAGACGCGCAUCAUCCCUCGUGAGCUGGCCAUGUGGCAAGCCUGGUCAAAGUCUGGCCGGGAGAAGCUACGACUGGACGAAGCAGGUGUGACAGAUGAGGUGCUGGAUGCCGCCAUGCAGGCCUUCAUCCUGGAGGUGAUUGCUAAGCAUGGCGAGCCAGCACGUGUGCUGUGUAACAAGAACCCCUUCAUACUCAAGUCCUCCGUCUACUUGGCACGCCUGUUUCCCAACUCCAAAUUUCUGCUAAUGGUGCACGAUGGCCGGGCCUCCGUGCACUCCAUGAUCACUCGCAAGGUUACCAUUGCAGGCUUUGACCUCAGCAGUUACCGAGACUGUCUUACAAAGUGGAACAAGGCCAUCGAGGUGAUGCACGCACAGUGCAUGGAGGUGGGCAGGGACAAGUGCCUGCCUGUGUACUAUGAGCAGUUGGUGCUGCACCCCUGGUGCUCACUCAAGCGCAUCCUAGACUUCCUGGGCAUCACCUGGAGUGACACAGUCCUGCACCAUGAGGACCUCAUUGGCAAGCCUGGGGGCGUCUCCUUGUCCAAGAUUGAGCGAUCCAUGGACCAGGUCAUCAAACCCGUGAACUUGGAAGCACUCUCCAAGUGGACUGGCCACAUCCCUUGAGAUGUGGUGAGGGAUAUGGCCCAGAUUGCCCCCAUGCUGGCUCGGCUUGGCUAUGACCCAUAUGCAAAUCCGCCCAACUAUGGGAACCCUGGCCCGAUUGUCAUCAACAACACACACCGGGUCUUGAAAGGAGACUAUAAAACGCCAGCUAAUCUGAAAGGAUAUUUUCAGGUGAACCAGAACAGCACCUCCCUACACCUGGGAAGUUCAUGAUGUCCAGGGCUCAGAUGUUGUGUGCACACAGAAGUUGGACAGACCCGAGCACAUUGCUUCCCCUCAGUCAUGCCAUGGUCUGCGGAGACCGAGCAUUCAU